CUCCAAACCACUACCCUCUCCUCAUCAAGCCAAAUCCACUGAAGGGAAAAAAACUAUUUAAAAAAAGAAGAAGAAAAAAAAACAGCUGUCAGGGCAGAUGAAUUCCUUCACUUUGUGCGUGGACUUGGAAACCGGAGGAGUUUUUUGCUGUCUCCUAGCAACACCAAACAAGAAAACAAAAGAGAGAAGUUGAGAGAGAGAGAACAUUAGAGUUGAGUGGUCGUAAAGGACACCAGUGUGUGUGGGGGUGGAACAGGUGUUGGAUACCUGGGCACAGGGUAAAGGAGUGAUUUCAUUUCAAGGCUGAGAUCUGGUUGCAGGAAGGCCUGCUCAUACCGUGACUCUGACACCCUAGCCUCCACCCCUUGGUCUGCCGUAAUGUUCCCCAUCCAUCCCCACAGCCCCAGUCCCUUGGGUCAGUCCGACACAGAGACCCCAGAGGAAGACCACCUAGCCCCCCUCUCCCCCUCCCUCCCGCCCUGCUGGGCCACCCAAGCCCUGCGUGACCUGGCCCGGGGGGAGACAGAGCAUCGACGGCUGCUGGAGCGCCAGGUGGCUGAGACAGAGGGAGUGAGCAGGGGGCUGGAGCGUGCCAUACUUGGGGCGAGACAGGAGGAGCGGCGUCUGCUGGAGAGAGUGGAGCAGGACCACCGGGACACCCAGCGGAGGCUGGAGCAGCUGCAGAGGGAAAAUGCUGCGGCCGCCCGAGUUAGUCAGGCCCUGCUGGACCAGAGGCUCCGUAAGGUCGCCCAGCUGCGGGAGCUGAUCCAGAGGAGUGGUCAGUGCCAGACAGGGCCCGAUCAGAACCUCCUGAUCAGAGGGGUCGCCGACCUCCUCCAGCCCUGGGAGAUCUCCCUCUCCCUGAAGAAGGUGAGCUUCAGACCCAGCUCCCAGCCCAAUGUCGUCACCUUCGGGGAGAUCAGAUUCCAGGAGCACAACCUCUGUCUUAAUGUAGGGGGUUGUGGGCCAGAGGGACAGUUUUGUGCCCUCCACUCUGGGGAGCACUGUGGGAAUGCCCAGCUUGGGGGUGCAGGGGAAGUGAGAAGUACCCCCGAUGGAGGGACUGGGCCGGGGCAAGAUGUGACCUCCCCGACAGGCAGUGGGAGCCUGAGGGUUGUCAGGAAGAUCCGCCUCUCUGCCAGGAGUGACGAGGAGUCGGGAGAAGAGAAGAAGUCAUCCCCAAAAAGGAGACGCUGGCCUCCUAAGAGGGAGCCCUCUGACAGGGAGUCAUCCCAGGAUGAGGAGACAGAGUCCCCUAUGUCUCAACCACAAGAAGAGGACCUCUUCCUGGCCACCUCCGCGUCGCUUAGCAACGGAGACUCUGAAGAGGACUUGAGGCACAGGACGAACAAUUUCGGCGGCCGGCUGGGUUACGGGGUCAUGAGCAAGAGGAAGCAGCGCACCCUGGUCAUGGUCUCUGGCCGUGAGCCCUGCUCCCCACCAGAGGGGGGCAGACUGGAGCAAAGCAGCCUCAGUCCCUGCUGGAGCCUGGACAGUCAGGAUGGAGGAGACAGCAGAGGCAGAGUGAGACCGUGUGAGUUCCCCAGGGAACUGCCGUCUCCUAGCUACAGAACAAUGGGCUCUCCCUCUCCUAAGGUCAGUCCUAGGGAGCCACUGACCAGCUAUAGCUCCAUGGACCUCACCUCCAGAGAGUGCCCUCACUUGUGCCUCAGCGUGUCCUCUGAUGACCACCAAAUGGGCCCCACAGGGGACUCUGGCCAUCCUCUUUCCCCAGCUGACAGCCUGGAUUCCUGCUACACCUUCAUCGUCAGCUCCCCCCGGGACCACAGCCUUAGAGGCUCCCUGAACCAUGACUCCCGCCUGUCCAAGUCAGCGGCAGACUUGUCACGCAAGACCCCCCCACUGAUCAACUGUGGGAGGGGGGAGCAUGUGGGGGCCUGGAGGGUGAACAGGAGCAGCCUGACCUCCACCACCACCUCCAUCCCCCCGACACUGAGCCGAGGACACACCAUCUCUGAGGGUCUACAGAGUCCCACCGGGCGCAGAGACUCUGGGGUGUGGGGCCCAGUAGCCAAGAGGCAGAGUGGGAUUAUAGGGAGUACCAGCCGGGUGAGCAGGUGUCUCUCCAUGUCGGUCAUAGACUCUGCCUCUCAGGAGCAGCAGGGGAGAGGCUGGGGGGAUAGAGGGGAGAGAGGAAAGCCUGCUCUGACGGAGAUGGAAGAGGAAGGAGACCAUCUCCAGCCCCAGCUUGGGUGUCUGAUCCGUCAGUUUGGUAAACAAGGCUCCGGCCGUGCCGACCUCACCCUGCCCAGCGGGGUCCACGCCACACCCCAGGGGCAGCUCUUCGUGGUGGACUGUGGGAACGCCCGCAUCCAGGUGACUGACCCGCGAGGGAACGUCCUCCAGCAGGUGACCUCCACGACCUCCGAGGGCUCCGUUCGACGCUGCCGGAACUACUUCGACAUCGCCGUCAACGCCAAGGGCCUGAUCGCUCUGAGCUGUGCAGCGGAGCGCGCCCUCCUGGUGUUCAACCGCCACGGCCGUCUGCUCCAGACCUUCGGCGGGUUGGGGAUGGGCGCCGCCAAGGACGAGCUGGAGGCCCCCCGGGGCGUGACGGUGACCCGGCUGGAUGAGUUCCUCGUGGCGGACAUCCGGAAAGGCACCCUGACCACCCUCAAGCUGGACCCCAAGACGGGCUCUCGGCUGGAGCGCACAGUGGUGACUGGUUUCCACAGGCCCUACCUGGUGGCUGCCUGCCUGAGCUCUGGCCUGGUGGCCGUGUCAGAGAGGGGUAGCGAGACGGGCCGGGAGCCCUGCGUCAAGGUGCUGGAGCCGAGCUGGAACACGGUGAGGGUCCUGGGGGUGUGUGCCGGCAUGGGUCCCGUCCUGACCAGCCCCUGGGGGAUCUGCAUAGACAGGGAUGGAGACGUGGUGGUGGUGGACUGGGGCAGGCAACACAGGGUGGUGAUGUACCCAGCCCAGGGGGUAGGCAGGCCUAUAAUCACCCAGGGGCUGAGCAGCCCACGAGGUCUGACCCUGCUUCCUGAGGGGCAUCUAGUGGUGUCAGACAGCAUGCACCACUGUAUCAAGAUCUACCAGUACAAGUGAUGUCACCAGAACACUGUGCAGCAAUAACACUCCCACAGAAUUAUGAGAAGGGGACUUCGUGUUUCUUUGUUAUAUGCUGAGACUUGUAUUUUCACCUAACCAAACGUGAACUGUUUUUGAAGUAACAAAGUGUAGAGUAUUAUUUCCUGUAAUUUCAGCUAGCCUGUUCUCUGUCUACAAAGUUCUCCGUCUGUAGCCCUUAGGGAUAACCUACAUGAUUGAAUCAUGACCUGUAGAUGUCAGCAUUGAAACAUUAAAAUCCAAUUUAUAAAGUCUUUCCUUAGAAUCAAACAGUUUUUGGAAUAUCAAAAGUCUACAGUAGUUCCCUGUAAUGAGAGUAAACACAAACAUUCUGUACACUGAUGUCAUCAUCGUCACUGUCAUGUGAUCACUCAUAAGUGCUUACCAUUCGUUACAUUCACAUGUUGUAAAGUUGAGACGCCUCUUGUACUAUUUCCCUGUUCAAUGUGAUUUUGCUGUUUGCUGUGUAAAAUAUAAAUGUUCAUGAGUUUUCUGGAAUCUGAGGAACAGUUCUAUAAAUGUUCCACACUGUCGUGUCAUUGUUUUCUGACGGCGUGACAAUCCUGUAGGCUGGAGACUGUAUACCUCCCUUCCCACUCAGCUUCAAUCACAGCUCGUCUUUCUCUCACAGCAAAACAAAACCAAACAGCACAUGCAUAUUCUAGGAUGGAUUUACUGUGACAAAUAACUCCCAACAAUGACUGUGCUCCAACUCCUCUCCUCACUCGUGUGUGUGUGUGUGUGUGUGUGUGUGUGUGUGUGUGUGUGUUUCUGAAUGUCUACGAUAUGAAAGAUGUCUCACAGAGGAAGCCGCUGCAUCGUGUUACUAAGGAUUAAUAACCUCCAAAGUGUGAAAAUGCUAAUGUGUUCAUCCAGAAUAAACAUCAGAGGCAUCAUGACA